UUGCAGUCCAGGCAGCGGCUUGAGCCCCCUGUAAGCAGGGCUGCAGCCUCUUGGCCGCUGCUUUGCGUGCCCAGCUUCAUUUGCCCAGAGGGCCCGGCUCCCCGCACGGCGUGGGACAGCGCCGGACGUCGGGAUGAAGCCGUGGGACGGCGAGGCAAGAGCGAGCCGCAGGAGCGACUUCUUCGAGCUCAAGAGUGGAACGGCGUGGCAAGAGCGAGCCGCAGGAGCGGCCUCUUCGGGCUCAAGAGUGGAACGGCGUGUCAAGAGCGAGCCGCAGGAGCGGCUUCUUCGGGCUCAAGAGUGGAACGGCGUGUCAAGACCGAGCCGCAGGAGCGGCCUCUUCGGGCUCAAGAGUGGAACGGCGAGGCAAGAGCGAGCCGCAGGGGCGGCCUCUUCGGGCUCAAGAGUGGAACGGCGUGGCAAGAGCGAGCCGCAGGAGCGGCCUCUUCGGGCUCAAGAGUGGAACGGCGAGGCAAGAGCGAGCUUCAGCAUUGGCGGCUUCGGGCUCAGGAGUGGAACAGCAAGAAGCCGUAGGACGACGAGGCAAGAGCGAUCCGCAGGAGCGGCCUCUUCGGGCUCAAGAGUGGAACGGCGUGGCAAAAGCGAGCCGCAGGAGCGGCCUCUUCGGGCUCAAGAGUGGAACGGCGCGGCAAGAGCGAGCCGCAGGAGCGGCCUCUUCAGGCUCAAGAGUGGAACGGCGCGGCAAGAGCGAGCCGCAGGAGCGGCGUCUUCGAGGUCAAGAGUGGAACGGCGUGGCAAGAGUGAGCUUCAGCAUUGGCGGCUUCGGGCUCAGGAGUGGAACAGCAAGAAGCCGUGGGACGGCGAGGCAAGAGCGAGCCGCAGGAGCGACUUCUUCGAGCUCAAGAGUGGAACGGCGUGGCAAGAGCGAGCCGCAGGAGCGGCCUCUUCGGGCUCAAGAGUGGAACGGCGUGUCAAGAGCGAGCCGCAGGAGCGGCUUCUUCGGGCUCAAGAGUGGAACGGCGUGUCAAGACCGAGCCGCAGGAGCGGCCUCUUCGGGCUCAAGAGUGGAACGGCGAGGCAAGAGCGAGCCGCAGGGGCGGCCUCUUCGGGCUCAAGAGUGGAACGGCGUGGCAAGAGCGAGCCGCAGGAGCGGCCUCUUCGGGCUCAAGAGUGGAACGGCGAGGCAAGAGCGAGCUUCAGCAUUGGCGGCUUCGGGCUCAGGAGAGGAACAGAACUGAGCUCCUCAGGCCUGACUGUGUCCUCGUCGACGUUUGCAGAAGCCGUAGGACGACGAGACAAGAGCGAGCCGCAGGAGCGGCCUCUUCGAGCUCAAGAGUGGAACGGCGAGGCAAGAGCGAGCCGCAGGGGCGGCCUCUUCGGGCUCAAGAGUGGAACGGCGCGGCAAGAGCGAGCCGCAGGAGCGGCCUCUUCGGGCUCAAGAGUGGAACGGCGAGGCAAGAGCGAGCUUGAGCAUUGGCGGCUUCGGGCUCAGGAGUGGAACAGCAAGGAACUGAGCUCCUCAGGCCUGACUGUGUCCUCGUCGACGUUUGCAGAAGCCGUAAAACGACGAGGCAAGAGCGAUCCGCAGGAGCGGCCUCUUGGGGCUCAAGAGUGGAACGGCGUGGCAAAAGCGAUCCGCAGGAGCGGCCUCUUCGGGCUCAAGAGUGGAACGGCGCGGCAAGAGCGAGCCGCAGGAGCGGCCUCUUCGGGCUCAAGAGUGGAACGGCGCGGCAAGAGCGAGCCGCAGGAGCGGCCUCUUCGAGCUCAAGAGUGGAACGGCGUGGCAAGAGUGAGCUUCAGCAUUGGCGGCUUCGGGCUCUGGAGUGGAGCAGCAAGAAGCCGUGGGACGACGAGGCAAGAGCGGCAGCGUCUUCGAGCUCAAGAGUGGAACGGCGUGGCAAGAGCGAGCUUGGAGCUGAAGAGGGAGACGAGGGGCCCUCUGGGCAAAGGGCUUUUCCAGGCCAGGGCACCUUCACGGUGCCAAGGCCGGCUUUGCGCUGGGCGACCCCCCUGCGAGCAGGGCUGGGUCUUUGCUGUGGUCGGCCUUUUGCCCUUGUGCUCCUUUGGCUGCCCGGAGAGAGGGGCAACCCUGUAA